AUGGGGGCGGUUCUGGGCCUCUGCUCCAUGGCCAGCUGGAUACCGUGUUUGUGUGGCAGUGCACCCUGUCUGCUGUGCCGAUGCUGCCCCAGUGGUAAUAAUUCCACUAUAACGAGGGUGAUAUAUGCACUCUUCUUGCUGCUUGGAGUGAGUGUAGCAUGUGUGAUGCUAAUACCAGGAAUGGAAGAACAGCUGAAGAAGAUUCCAGGAUUCUGUGAUGAAGGCCACGUGAAUUGUGAUGUUCUAGUAGGGUACAAAGCAGUGUAUCGAGUGUGCUUCGGUAUGGCCAUGUUCUUUCUCCUGUUCGCCUUAUUGAUGAUCAAAGUAAAGAGCAGCAGUGAUCCAAGGGCAUCAGUGCAUAAUGGGUUCUGGUUCUUUAAAUUUGCCAUAGCAGUUGCAAUCACAGUUGGUGCAUUUUUCAUUCCAGAGGGACCCUUUACAACCGUAUGGUUUUAUGUAGGCAUGGCUGGCGCUUUCUGCUUCAUUCUUAUCCAGCUGGUUUUAUUAAUUGACUUUGCCCACUCCUGGAAUGAAUCGUGGGUUGAAAAAAUGGAGGAAGGAAACUCAAGAUGCUGGUAUGCAGCUUUGCUAUCUGCCACAGUCCUGAACUACCUUCUGUCCUUGGUGGCAAUUGUCCUGUUUUAUGUUUAUUAUACUCGCCCAGAUGGCUGCUCUGAAAAUAAGGCAUUCAUCAGUGUCAAUAUGUUGCUGUGUAUUGGAGCAUCUGUCAUGUCAAUUUUGCCUAAAAUCCAGGAAUCACAACCAAGAUCUGGGUUGUUGCAGUCAUCUGUGAUCACAGCUUAUACAAUGUAUCUAACCUGGGCAGCAAUGACCAAUGAGCCAGACAGACAAUGCAAUCCAAGCUUGCUGAGCAUAAUUGGCUAUAAUUCCACAAGCAUUCCAAGCCAGGGCCAAUUUGUCCAUUGGUGGGAUGCCCAAGGGAUUGUGGGGCUUAUUCUGUUCUUGCUCUGUGUGCUGUACUCAAGCAUCCGGACAUCCAAUAACAGCCAGGUUAAUAAACUGACACUGACUAGCGAUGAAUCGACACUGAUAGAAGAUGGACUUCCCAGGAGCGAUGGCUCCCUUGAUGAGGGAGAUGAUUUCCACCGUGCUGUCGAUAACGAGAGAGACGGAGUUACCUACAGUUAUUCAUUCUUUCACUUCAUGCUUUUUCUUGCUUCGCUUUACAUCAUGAUGACUCUAACCAACUGGUAUAGUCCUGAUCCUGCUUCUGAGGCAAUGACCAGUAAGUGGCCAUCUGUCUGGGUGAAGAUGUCUUCCAGCUGGAUUGGCAUUGUCCUCUACGUGUGGACUCUGGUGGCUCCACUAGUUCUAACAAACCGUGACUUUGACUAAGCCAAGCAUCUCAUCUGAAGGAAGUUGUUUUCGUUGCUUACUUGAAGCUAACAGUAUUCCUUACGAAGAUGUAACUGUAAAUAUGUGUGUGUUGUGUACUAUCAGUGCAUUUUUUCCUGUCUUGUUCUGCAUGGUUACCUUUGAAUCAUGUUAACCUGCCAUUUCAGUGACUGUUCCCUAGCUGAGUUCACUGAUGAUUACUACUAGAUUGACAGCCAUGCUAAAUGUGAUGGUGGCUGUUCUGGGU